AUGGUCGUUGGUUCGUCCAGUUCAUCUCCCGGUGAGAAAAUUAAGCUAGGCGUGGCCAUUCUCACACGUUUUCCAAUCACCGAGCGAGCGACCGCUGGCAGGACUGGAGUUUUGGACAAUUUACAAGCUUCUUUGAAGGGUGCUACUCUGUUAGAGCGGGUUUUAGGGGAAAUAACCGCAUCAGCGGUUUUACAAUGGUUUGAACAAAUCUCAUCUAGUUUCGGGUCUCCACGGAUUCUGCCAAAAAUACAGAUGUUUUUGGUUUAUCGAAUGAACUAUACCAGCGUAUUUUCACUUUCCGGUUGGUUUUCCGUUCUUCCGAACCAUUUGCUGAACAAUUCCACGCUAGUGAAGAAACCAGGCGAAUUCGAAGAUUCCACUCUGGGAUUGAAAGGAAGACGAUAUUCGGACAUAUUAUCCAAGACCGGGCAUAAUUUGAACAAUGAUACGUUUGGGGAAGAUUCAGAUGUGUAUUGUUCCUCGCGUCAACUGUUAUCCAACUCUACCCAUGGUCAUUGUCGCCUAUCCACAUACCAUCGAACGAGACCAACCGAGUUGGAGUCGGAGCUUGCUACGAACGAGCCCGGGAGCAUAGUGGUUCCCGUUGAAUAUGUGACAGUAGAGGGCUUGGAAAUGAGCCGCCUGUUAGAAGUGGCUUUGCGUGCCGCUUUGCGUUCCGGUUGUGACUACGUCCUCGUGUUAAAUCCACGCGCAAUCGGAUUGAAACCGAGUCAUUUGUCUGCCGCAAUCCAAUUACUUACUGGCACUCAUCAGUCAAUCAAGCCGAACCAUAUUAAGGAGUUUCCCGAUCAGUCAUAUUCCUCACCGGUAGAUAUCGUCCUCGGUCUUACCACACCGAGUUCGCAUAUGGGGCGUUCCACGUCCAAUAUCUGUUCGCCCGGCCCUGUAUCCACUGCACUACCCAACAACCCGUUUGCCAGUCCAAGUGGAUUAUACUUGUUGGGUCUGCGUGCUGGUCGUGGAGUGAUGCUCGGUGCACACCAACUGACUUCUUCAGUCGAAUGGGCCACCUCAACAACUGGAACUCGAUUAUGGACAAAUUUGUCUCGCUGGUUUUCCAAUUGGAAUGUGAUCACACAACCGCCUGAUCUACUCUCCGUGGAGCAACACAUUGGUCUUGGCAUUGAUCAUCUCUUGGAAGACAGUAUUACUGUUAUCAUUCCCAUGGGACCUGGGCAUGCGGACGACCUGAUUGAUCCAGAAGAAGAUUUAGAACUGGUUGAUGUGCAGAAUUCUAAAGCGCUAGCAGUCACAUUAGAGCUGGCAGUGUGCAACGCCUCCGGGAAGCGAUCUGUUGAAAUAAUCAUAAUUACCAGUGAGACGUCAUCGCGCUCGAGGUCGCAUUCUGUCAGCACUCCACCUAUCAUGGAUCCAUUAUCACCAGAUUCCCUACGCGGUCCAUCCUUAUCCCGCUCCACACGCCUGCGACCGAUGAUCAAGGUGUCGGUGCAUCACUACAUGCGAUCGGGUCCAAGCACCACUGAGGCUUCGUCCCCUUCCAUUCCGUCUGACACUUAUCCCAGACGUGGCGAAUUGAUUCGUUACGCUGCAGAACAUCUGGCGAGAGGAUCGAUGCUUGUUUUUGUAGAACCGGGUAAUCAUCAGAUUCCAUGUUGA